AUGCCCUUGCCGGCCUGUAGCCACCAUCCUUUGAUGGAGCUAUAUGUGUGGGCUGGCCAGGAAAGGGACCGACAGGGUUCACACGUGGAGGCGGAGCCACUGUGUAUUCUGGAUUUCUACAUAGCAGAGAACUUGCAGCGAUAUGGCUACGGGAGGGAGCUCUUUGAUUUCAUGCUGCAGCACAAGAAGUUAGAGCCCGUCCUGAUGGCUUACGACAGGCCGUCGCCCAAGUUCCUGUCCUUCCUGGCAAAGCAUUACUACCUGACGCCCAGUGUCCCUCAGGCCAAUAACUUUGUGGUGUUUGAGGGCUUCUUCGUCAACAUAGCAGGCUCACCCUCCUCUCCUCUGCCGGAUCAGGGGAUGUUCAGCUUUUUUGGCCCAGCUGAGAAAGGUUCCCCUAAGAAAGCCGGACGGAGAGAUCAAGCCCUACUCUUUAAUGGAGAGAGAAGUGGUCCAUCAGGAGCAGCGGGCUCGCCCCUGGCCGUUUGCUCCGCCUCACUCCCCGCAGCGGUCGGUAUCCUCCCAGUGCUCCUCCUCCCUGAGCGGGGGAUCCUCCCCCAGCAGGCCCCGCUCCCAGGCCGCACCAGUUCCUGCCCUUGGGCGCAGCAGGGAGCAGAGCCCCCAGUCCCCCCUCCUCGAGCGCUGCAGGGAAAGACGCAGCAGUUCACUCAAUAGACCUCAUCAGGGCUUGCAUUGACCUCCUCGGCCUGGCACUGUGCCUCUUCCCUUUAAACGUUUGGCUUCUUUUAGCUCAAUUUCUGAUAGACAGUGUGUGACACGUGGAGUGCCUUUCCACGGGCACCAGUCUCUUGUUUUUCAGUCUUACAGUAUGGUCAAAUAGAGUGGCGCAGUGAUGACACAUUUGUAGCCUGACCCGGAAGAGUAGCAUCACAAGAGCUCCCUCAACCAAAAGCUCUGGGAUCUUUCCAUUGGAUUUCAGUACAUUGCAGAAAAUGGCAAAAACGUUUAUGAAACUUACAUGUUUUGUUUAGCAGGAUAAUCUUCACAUUUGAACACCACUUUGUAAUGUUUUAGUCGUAAAUGCAAUCACCAGAAGUAAGCUAACUGUAGGCUAAAACCUAACUACAUCACCGUCACAUGGCUGUGCAUCACCGUCGCUAAGCUAAAGGCGGCUAAUCGUCGGCGUGUUGAUGUUUGGUAGACUUAUUUAGACACUUCACUGUUUUUAUGACACACAGAGGCUUCGAGCGUUCAUGAGUGGAGAAUUUACUGACAUAUUUUAUUUUGUAGAACUAAACGUGAAAGUCUCUUCAGUUUGUGUUAACCACAGACUUCAUUUCAGCCUUCGAACUACUACGAUGAAAAAGUGGUAAAAUGCUGACUGACUCAUUUCCAGGUUUUAGGACUCGUUCCUGCACCGCUCUAUUUACGAAAUCAGAUUUGCAUAGAACAUAAAAAAACUGGUGGUUGAUGUCCCCGUAGACAUGAUCCACACAGUGUUCAGGUUCCAUCCGACUGCCGUGGAUGUGUUCUAUGCAGCAGGUUCCCACGGUUACUUUACCUCCACAUUUCUCUCAUCACAGAACCAGGAUGUGUGUGUGAAGGCAGUCCUGGAGAGUGAGGG